AGUAGGAGAUGACAAGCUGGGCAAGUUUGGACGUCAAUCAUAUCCAGGCUCAUCCGACGCAUCCAGUAUCCCCACGACCCACUGUGUCCUGGACUUCCAGGUAACGUCGAAAGACACACUUAUUAGGGCCUACAGUUUGCUGACGGCAAAAAGCAUCAAGGAUGAAAUUCUCCCUCGCCACCGUCCUGGCCUUUGCCAGCCUUGUCCUAGGUCAAGGCCCGCAGGCGCCCGCCUGCCCAACAGCAACUCGGACGAUCCAGAACCGCGGCUGCGGCAAGACCUGCCCUUUCUCCGACUGCACCUUCCAAACCACCAUCCAGAACCCGUGCGGCUGUCCCUCAACCCUCCCCACGGCCACACUCAUCGCCCCCUGCGAGGCCGACUGCCCCUACCAAGGGUGCGACAUAGCCUUCCACACUUCCCCCUUGCCCUGUCCGACGACCCCGUCCAGAACCACCACAACCCGCCGCUGGCCUCCUAGGCCAACAACAACGUCGACGUCUACCACGCCGACGGGCAUCGUAACCAGCAUCGUCACGCUGCCGCCCAAGACGACAACGCGUUCCAUCAUCACGACGCCGUGCCCGACCGUCACACGCACGACCCGCCCCGCCGACUGCCCCACGCUGCGGUGCCCCGUGCCGACGUGCCGCGUCGACACGAGCAUGGCUGUGCCGUGCGGCUGCACGCCCAAGACGGUGCUCUAUGUCCAGGGCUGCGCCACGGCAUGUCCGGAGGGUUGUUUGACGAGGACGGCGACUGUUAGCGCGGCUUGCUAAGGUGGUGAUUUGGUCGGUGAGGUAGGAGGUGGUGGUGGU